AGCUUCGGAAAGCUUCUGUGGAGAUUUCGUUCGGAGGUCGUCGUAAUUGACGAGCGACAGAAAUGUCCACCCCCAACGAUAUCCAGGCCCUCCUGGCUUCUAUCCGGCCUCGCCCCUCGCCCAAUGGUCCCCCCCCAGGAUUAUCAGCAAUAUCAGCAUCAUCAGCAGCAGCAGCCUCAGCAGCGAAUGGCUCAGCCAUACCAGCCCGGCAUGUUCCCGCCUCAUCCUCAGCAUCCUCAGCAUCCUCCCUACGAUGGCCAAAGCUAUCCCCAUCCCCACUUUAAUGGAUAUCAUCAUCCAUCGGUAUCUUCGGCUAUCCACAGUCCUUCGUCUGGUCAUCCCUUGAACUCCCCGCCGCAUCACGGGUCUGAUAUUCUCAGCCCAAACUUGCCUACUCCCCAUGGGGAAUGGAAUCAACCUCCACCUUCACAACAGAACAACCCAGACCGCGCAGCAAAUUUGCUGAAUCUACUUCGCUUCAGCCAUGGUCAAGCUCCCGUUGCUGCAGGUCAACCCCGUGCAGUUCAACCAAUGCCGACUGUUGGAGAUUUGGAACAAUCGCGACCUCACCAUAUCCAGGAGGUGGCCUCGUCCCAGGCACGAAAAGCUUCCGCUUCAGACUUGAUUGCCUCGUUCCUCAACGCCCCUGUUGCACCUGUGCCGGUGGCCCCAACCCAAGGGGAAGGUGCCCCAAGCGACCAUACUCAGAAUAUGUUGCUUCGACUUCUUAACCGUACCGAGGGACCUGCCGAGCCUCCUAUCUCGGUUAAGGCUCACCGAGCUAUCCCGGAGCCUGCAGCACUUGAAACAAAGCUAGAUCAAACCGUCAGCCAGUUCGAAGACUUUGCCGACGAAGUCGAAUCCUUGCCUGAGACCAGUGGUGCGAAGCCGGAAACGGUCGCACCUCCUUCAGCCUCCAAGGAUUCGAUGUUUACGUAUGUCAAUCCCUUUGAUCAACUGGCUGCGAUCUCGCCAGGUGCCAAGUCGCCUCAGGCUCGGUCGAGCGAUGAGUUCUCGAGUGUUGAUGCCGCUCAAGAACUGGACGUGACUGCCACUUCGCUCAGUUUUGAUCCACCAUCGGCUGUCGAAUUGGCUGCGCCACAGAUCCCGCAGCGUAGCAAGUCCCCCGUUUUGGAGGAAGGGCAGCGCCGCGCUGUGCACGAAGUCGUCAGUCGUCUUGUUGAUGAGAUUGGAAUCUCUCUCGGUGGCGGGGAAGCCCCAGCCGUGAAAUCAGAUGCUGAGACUUCAGCCAGCGAGGACUUGGCCGAAACAGCCAUGGCUGCUGUUGCCUCUCGUCUCCGAGAGUCUCUCGUUGGGGUUCAGGAAGCAAUUGGGUUGACCAAGUCGGUUAAAAUGCCCCAGGUGGAACCGCCUCAGGUGGCUAAGGAGCCUGAGAUCGAUUCUGCUCCCUCUCCCACUGAACAAGCCCGGAAUGAAAAUGCCGAGGCUCUGGCUGAUAGCUGGGAGAGCGCCGAGGACAGUGCCGAAAAGGACGAAGAGCGUGUUGUCUCAGUUAAGAACUUCCCGCUGCGGCCAUUCAUUUCGAUUACCGUGAAACCCAAUACUGGAAAGUUGGUGGGUUUCCGCGAUGACGGCGUCAUGGAUAUUGCACGUCUGAAGAAAGAGUUUGACCAACUGGAUCGCUCUUUGACUUCCGCUACCUCUGAUUACAUUGUGUAUGCGCUACCCAAGACAGGUGGAAUCCGCAUCAUUCGCCAGGAUGACGGAAGUGAUCGACAGGUCUUCCGAUCCACUCGGGAUCGUAUCUUCAAUGUUGCUCUGUGCAAUUCACAAUAUUCCAGAGGUGACCCGGAUAUGCAUGCAAUUCUUGGCAUCGGUGUCAGUGGCACAGUGUACUGGUCUUUGAUCUCUCGCCAAGGCAAAGAUCUGUUCGAGACUGAUGCACUGGAAAGUGAAAGUCUUGUCUUCCCCCCAUACCCUGCCUCGGAUGAAAACACAUCUGGCGGUCAGCUGAAAACGCGGGCCAAACGAAGCUCUCGCCACACGGAUAUCUUUGCGAUUGGGCGUGGCAAGAAUAUAUAUGUCGUUUCUGCUAAGGUGGCGAGGACUCCCGAGUUUGAAGUAUUUGGAAAGAGGGGCGUCGUCGACACGGCCAAGUACUUCAAGGAACGUGCACUCAAGAUCUCGACUGGCAAAGCUGGAAAGGACUUUGUGUUCAGCCACGAUGACAGUGUUAUUGCGUCUCUUGACAAGACCGGCCGACUGCGCUUCUGGGAUAUUCAGGAAAGCGUGGUUCGUGCCAGUUAUGGGGAUAGUACCGGCACCUCUAUGAAUGAGGUGCGGGUUCCCUUGAACACGUUCGUAACUGGCUCUCCGACGGAGAAGUCUUGGCCCACCUCUGUGCUGUUCGUGGACAAGCUGCGUCCCUACUCCAAGCACACUGCCCUUCGAUACGUUCUGGUGGGUCUCAAACAGAACCACACCUUGCAGCUCUGGGAUAUUGGGCUUGGCAAGGCUGUGGAGGAGUCGGAUGCAAUUUGUAGCGUGGCUUAUCAUCCGUCUUCUGGUAUCAUUGCGGUGGGACACCCUACUCGCAACUCGAUUUAUUUCGUUCAUCUGUCUGUGCCACGAUACAAUCUCGCAAACAUGUCCCAGGCUGCGUUUAUCAAGGCCGCGGCUGCGAAUGAUGAUAUCUUGCAAAAGCCCGAAUCGACUGCUUGUCUGAGUGGUAUUCGGGAGAUUUCUCUUGGAUCCAAGGGUCAGCUUCGAAGCCUGGAGCUGCUACCUGUAGUUAAAGGUGAGACAGAGAAAGAAAAGAAGGCGAAGGACAAUGGUUCGUUAGAGGAGGAAGAUUUGUUCGAGUUGUAUGUAAUGCAUUCGCACGGCGUUACCUGCAUGAACAUCAAACGCGAGGACUUGGGAUGGACUUCACAGAACCGUGUCAUUUCUCCCAUUGACGCGCAGGCGGAAGGUUCAAUUGAAAUCACCGAUCUUCAGUCAUUCCCCUCCUACAUCACUGACGAUCCCUCUGUCAACGGUGACGCGACUUCGAACCCCUCUCGCACCACAAAGGAGUCAGUCAAGAAACAGGACGCGACUGAUUCUGCCUCUGGUGUUCUUCAACCUCGCAAUCUUUCUCCUACCAAGGGACCAAAGAAAAAGCUCACCGAGGAGCAACCUGAACAUUUUGCCGUGCCAACCUUCACCGAGAAGUCCGACAGAAAAAAGAAAAAGAAGCCUUCUUCCACUGAUACCUCCUCCAAACUCAAACAACCGACUGCGAUCGUUGGUGUUGAGCCCCUCCAAACUUCCCUCGACUUUGAUCCCUCUGCUGCCUACAUAACCACCGAUACCAUCACCCGCAACCUCGACCAGUUACGCGUCCAGGUAGCUGAGGAGUUCAAUACUAGUCUCGACAAGAAAAUGGAGGCUAUUACCAAGCUCUUCGAGGACGAGCGUUGUGCAUGGGACGCGUCCUCCAACAAGAAGAUGCAGAUGGUUCUUCAGGGAAUCUCCACUGAUAUGGAGAUGAACGUCAACCGUAUCGUUGAGACUCGUCUCAAGUCCGAUGUCGUUCCCGUCAUCACUCAAAGCCUUGAGGACAAGCUGAGCAGAGAUGUCUCUACCAUCGUCAACAAGUCUCUGCACGAUGCCGGUCUCAUCAAUGAUAAUGCUGAUGCAGUCUUCAAGAAGCUUCGCGCUUACUUUGAUACCGAAUUUGCCAGUACCUUCAGCCUCUCUAUCAGCCCUCUGGUCGAUGGCAUCGUGAACAGUCAGAAAACUCUCCAUGAAGCUAACGCUAAGAUCUCGCGUCUGGAGAAGGACCGUGCAGCCACCAACGCGAAACUGGAGCAGAUGGAGGGCAUGAUGCGCACUAUGAUGCUUAGUGUGGACCGACUCACUAUGGUGACCCAGACGGCUACCGAGAAUGGUCACUCUUCGGUUCCUCCCGCUGGAAGUUCGCGCACUCCAGCUCACCUCCUUGCCGCCCACACCCCCGUUCCUGCCCAGGGUCCAGGUCACAACCAAGUCCAAACUCAGCGUUCGGUUCCUUAUGCCGCCGGCAUGUCUUCGCCCCCAGGCCUGACUAUUGCCCCUGAGAUCGUCACCGAGCUGAACCAAGUGCGCCGUCUUUGCCAGGCCGGUGGUCCUCCAUUUGAGGACGCGAUCAUGACUUGGAUGCAUUCUCAGUACCAGGCUGAUCUGUUCGAUCACUUUUUCAGCCGCAUUGAUCCCGGAUUCUUGAGUGGCCUCGCGGGUGUCAUUGUCUUGUCCGUCGCUUCGGUUGUGACCGCAUCUUUCAGCAAGAAUGUUGAGCCACGCCUUCACUGGCUUCAGGUUGCUCUUAACAACGUCAACCCUCGGGACGAGGAAGUGGCUGACGUUGCUGGAGGCGUCAUGUUAGUUCUUGCUGAACGUCUGAACAAUCUUUACAUGAAGAUUGUCGCUGAAAACCCUCAAGACGCUCUACUUCGACGCAUUCCCCACCUGGCUCGCCGCGUACGUGAGUUGCAGAGCAUGGUUAACUAA